AUGACUUCAGUCCUCCCCCAGAAACGGGUGCUGGGCGAGGCAGGCACCCGCCAAAAUAUUCCGCCAUCAACGCCAGGCUCGGCCAAGAAGCGUAGGACCGAUAUCUUUUCAUCGUCGCCCGCUGCCAGAUUCACAGGUUCCCAAAGAGACCCCAAGGCUACGCUCGGAUCUAGUCAGCCAAAGAGUACCUUUGAGACCGAGGUCUUGGAGAAGCUCAGUCAAGAAAUCUCCGAUCUGAAGCGCAGCAAUGCCGAGAAGGACCAGACAUGGGACCGCCCGCCGGUUGUCGACUUCGAACCUCAGCAGAACAACCUAUGUUUUCAGUCUAUCGAGGCCGAGGAAGGAACCCUGGAUGGCGGCAAGGCGACGGUCAAGUUAUUCGGUGUUACAGAAGAAGGCUACUCGGUGAUGCUACAUGUCACAGACUUCAAGCAUUACCUCUAUCUCCGUGCACCCGUCUUGUUCCAACCGCAAGAUGUCAGCGCUUACAAGACUUUCCUCGAGUCACAGGUCGCUCAAUACCAGCCCGCUAUUCAUAAAGUCGACUUGGUUUUCAGGGAAGAUAUUUACGGCUUCUCGGGCAACGAGCAGCACGCCUAUCUUAAAGUCACAGUCACAGACCCCAAAUUUAUAAACAAAGUGCGUUCUACGAUAGAAGGCGGCAAUGCGAACUGGAAAGGCAUGUGGGGUGUCACAGAGGGCAUUAGGACAUAUGACAAUAUUCAGUAUGUCCUCAGAUUCAUGGUGGACUGCAAGGUUCAAGGCAUGUCAUGGGUCGAAGCGCCAGCGAACAAAUACAGGAUGGUUCCUGAAAGUCUCAGGCAGUCCAACUGCCAGAUCGAAGCCCAGGUCCCAUAUCUCGACUUGAUUGCUCAUAAGCCAGAAGGUAAAUGGGCCAAGAUGGCUCCACUCCGCAUCUUGUCUUUCGAUAUUGAGUGCGCCGGCAGGAAGGGUAUCUUCCCUGAAGCCAAUCAAGAUCCGGUCAUUCAAAUCGCCAACGUGGUCACAAAAUACGGAGAGAAGAAGCCCUUUAUUCGUAAUGUCUUUUGCCUGGAUACAACAAGUUCAAUUGUGGCCACGCAGAUCCUGGAGUACGAACAGGAGGACAGGAUGUUGAGCGAAUGGCAGCAGUUCUUGAUCCGAGCCGAUCCAGACAUUAUCAUCGGAUACAAUAUUGCCAACUUUGACUUUCCUUACUUGCUCGAGCGAGCAAAGCAUUUGAAAGUCAAUCGAUUCGAAUACUGGACGCGUCUCCCCAGCGUUCCGUCUAGGGUCAAGGAGACAAAUUUUUCCAGCAAGCAAAUUGGCAAUCGUGACACCAAGGCCACCAAUACCAAUGGGAGACUGCAACUCGAUUUACUUCAAUUAGUUCAACGAGACCAUCAACUUCGAAGCUAUACGCUCAACUCUGUGUGCGCGCAUUUUUUAGGCGAACAAAAGGAAGAUGUGCACCACACCAUGAUUACAGAACUUUUCAACGGUACGCCAGAGUCGAGACGACGUUUAGCUCUCUAUUGCUUAAAGGAUGCAUAUCUUCCGCAGCGACUUAUGGAUAAGCUUUCGUGUCUGGAAAACUACACUGAAAUGGCGAGAGUCACAGGUGUGCCGUUUAACUUUUUACUGUCCCGCGGCCAACAGAUUAAAUUCGUGAGCCAGUUGUUCCGUAAAGCUCUGGAACAAAAGCUGGUGAUUCCAAAUAUCAAGUCCGAUGCCUCGGAUGAGCAGUACGAAGGAGCCACCGUCAUCGAGCCUGUCCGAGGCUACUACGACGUGCCAAUUGCCACACUGGAUUUUGCGUCCCUAUACCCCAGUAUCAUUCAAGCGCACAACCUGUGCUAUACCACACUUAUAAAAGACAAGAAGCUGAUCGAAAAAUUUGGCUUGGUCAAGGACGAAGAUUACAUCGUGACCCCCAACGGAGACGUUUUUGUAACUACCAAACAACGAAAGGGGCUACUGGCGCAGAUCCUUGAAGAGUUGUUAACCGCCCGUAAACAGGCCAAGCGAGAGUUGGCCCGGGAAACGGAUCCGUUCAAGAAGGCUGUCUUAAACGGUCGACAGCUGGCGUUGAAGAUUAGUGCCAAUUCUGUCUAUGGAUUAACAGGCGCCACGACGGGAAAACUUCCGUGCCUUGAGAUUGCAAGCAGCACGACCAGCUUUGGCCGACAGAUGAUUGAGAAGACGAAGGAUGAGGUGGAGAAGAAGUACAAUAUCGCCAACGGAUACACGCACGAUGCACAAGUCAUUUACGGUGACACGGAUUCCGUCAUGGUCAAGUUUGGCACCAAGGACUUGGCCGAGGCCAUGAGACUGGGUGAGGAAGCGUCGCAGUACGUGUCGGCCAAGUUUGUUAAACCAAUCAAGCUUGAAUUCGAAAAGGUGUACUUUCCCUAUCUGCUGAUCAACAAGAAGCGUUACGCCGGGCUGUACUGGACGAAGCCAGAGAAGCAUGACAAGAUGGACACGAAGGGCAUUGAGACGGUUCGACGAGAUAACUGCCUGCUGGUGCAAACUGUCAUUGAAAAAGUUCUCCGAAUGAUUCUAAUUGACCGGGAUGUCGCUGGUGCGCAAGAAUACGUCAAGGAGACAAUCGCCAAUUUGCUGCAGAACAAAGUCGACAUGUCAAAGCUUGUCAUCACCAAGGCUCUGACAAAAGACGACUACGCUGCCAAACAAGCACAUGUGGAACUGGCUCACCGAAUGAAGAAGCGUGACGCGGGUUCGGCUCCUGCUCUUGGAGAUCGCGUUGCCUAUGUCAUGGUUCGUGGAGCUGCCGGUGCCAAGAACUUUGAGAAGUCCGAGGACCCCUUGUACGUCCUCGAGAACAACGUGCCCAUUGACACCAAGUACUACCUGGAUAAUCAGCUGGCGAAACCAUUGGGCCGAAUUUUCGAGCCCAUUCUGGGCGAAACCAAGGCGAGGACGCUGCUGACGGGAGAUCACACGAGAACAAUCUCUGUGGCGGCACCGACGGUGGGUGGGCUGAUGAAGUUUGCAAAGAAGACACAGACGUGCAUGGGCUGCAAGAAGCCGCUUACGGGCAAGCAAGAGAGCGACGGGGCAGUGUGUUCCGACUGCGCGCCAAGGGUGGGCGAAUUGUACAAGCGGACUCUGGACAAGGUUUCGGAUCUUGAGAUUCGGUUCGGCCGGCUGUGGACGCAGUGCCAGCGAUGUCAGGGCAGCAUGCACUGCGAGGUCAUCUGCAGCAGUAAGGAUUGUCCAAUAUUCUACAUGAGAAUGAAGGCGAAGAAGGAUCUGGAAGAUGCGGGUAAAGAGCUGUUGCGGUUCGACAUGGAUCCGGCCGCCAUGUGGUGA